GCCGCCGCCGCCGCCGCCGCCGCCGCCGCCUUUUCAAUCCCGGACGUUUCGGGACGCUUUUUCUUCCCUGCUGGCCGGAACGGGGCUGUACCGCGGACCGGAUGUGCCCGGGGAAACCCGGAUGUAUGGUUCCCCUCCGGGCGCCCGGGGCCCGUCAUGGCGCUGAGGCCUGACCAGGGGGAAGAUGAAUAAGGGCUGGCUGGAGCUGGAGAGCGACCCCGGGCUCUUCACACUCUUAGUGGAGGAUUUUGGUGUUAAGGGAGUGCAAGUUGAGGAAAUUUAUGAUCUACAGAGCAAAUGCCAAGGGCCUGUCUAUGGAUUUAUCUUCCUUUUCAAAUGGAUUGAAGAACGUCGAUCCCGACGGAAAGUCUCUACUUUGGUAGAUGAGACAUCAGUGAUUGAUGAUGACAUUGUCAACAACAUGUUCUUUGCUCACCAGCUGAUUCCCAAUUCUUGUGCCACACAUGCAUUGUUAAGUGUGCUCCUGAACUGUAACAGUGUGGAUCUGGGGCCAACGCUGAGCCGAAUGAAGGAAUUCACCAAAGGUUUUAGUCCAGAGAGCAAAGGCUAUGCCAUUGGAAAUGCUCCAGAACUGGCCAAGGCCCAUAACAGCCAUGCUAGACCAGAGCCCCGGCAUUUGCCAGAAAAACAGAAUGGAAUUAGUGCUGUGCGGACCAUGGAGGCUUUUCAUUUUGUCAGCUAUGUUCCCAUCAAAGGGCGGCUCUUUGAACUGGAUGGCCUGAAAGUUUAUCCCAUUGAUCAUGGGCCUUGGGCGGAGGAUGAAGAAUGGACAGACAAAGCCAGGAGAGUUAUCAUGGAGAGGAUUGGACUUGCCACAGCAGGGGAGCCGUAUCAUGACAUCCGCUUUAAUUUGAUGGCUGUGGUACCUGACAGGAGAAUGAAGUAUGAAUCUAAGCUACAUAUCUUGAAGGUGAACCGACAAACUGUACUGGAAGCUUUGCAGCAGCUCAUCCGAGUGACUCAACCAGAACUUGUACAUACCCAGAAAUCUCAAGAGCCCCAGACUUCUGAGGAGCCCAGGUCAGCUAACAGCAAGACCUCCACUGCACUGGAAGUAGGAAGAGCACAGUUAAUUCCAGAGAGCUCCCAGGCAGAGGGUUCUGAAGAUUCUGGACCCCAGGAUUUGCCUAUCUCAACCCAGAGCCCUUCAAGCAAGGCAAAGCUGAGCAGUAAACCGCAUGUGAGCAGCAUAAAUGGGGCCCUAUCAGCCCCCAACCCCAUCGUACAAAGGCUGCCAGCUUUCUUGGAUAACCACAACUAUGCCAAGUCACCUAUGCAGGAGGAAGAGGACCUUGCAGCAGGAGUGGGCCGAAGCCGAGUCCCAGUCCAGCAGCACCAGCAAUACUCCGAUGAUGAGGAUGACUAUGAGGAUGAGGAGGAUGAGGAAGUGUGUAGCACCAGUCCUGCUAUCAGCUACAAGCGGAAGGGCCUGGUGAAACAGGAGCACCUGAUGGGGAGUGGAGAUGGCCAGCUGUCUAUGCUGCAGCCCAACACCAUCAAUGUCCUUGCAGAGAAGCUGAAAGAAACCCAGAAAGAUCUCUCCAUUCCUUUGUCUAUUAAGACUAGCAGUGGAGGCACUGCAGUAGCUGUGGUUGCCCACUCUCAGCCAUCUCCCACGCCCAGCAAUGAAAGCACGGACACUGCCUCAGAGAUCGGGAGUGCCUUCAAUUCCCCACUUCGCUCCCCCAUCCGAUCAGCCAAUCCUACUCGCCCUUCCAGUCCUGUCACCUCUCACAUCUCCAAGGUGCUAUUUGGAGAGGAAGACAGCCUGCUCCGUGUGGACUGUAUACGCUACAACCGGGCUGUGAGAGAUUUGGGACCCAUCAUCAGUACUGGUUUGCUGCACCUCACAGAGGAUGGAGUUUUCUGCCCUCUUACUGUCACAGAGGGUGGAAAAAACUCCCCUCCUUCUAGCAAAUCAAAUGAAGAGGUUCAGAUCAUUGUAAAAGCAGAAGAAGGGGACUCUAAUGAGCCAAAUGACAGCAAGGAGAAGGCUGGAAUUGGCCGGUCUACUGAUCCCCCUGCUGGGGAAAAGUAUGCUCCUAAAGAGCUCCUGGCAUUGCUUAAGUGCGUGGAGGCUGAAAUUGCAAACUAUGAAGCCUGUUUAAAGGAGGAAGUAGAGAAAAGAAAGAAAUUCAAGAUUGAUGACCAGAGAAGAACUCACAAUUAUGAUGAAUUUAUAUGUACUUUUAUCUCCAUGUUGGCACAAGAAGGAAUGUUGCCUAGCCUUGUUGAACAAAACAUCUCUGUCCGCAGACGGCAAGGGGUCAGCAUUGGGCGUCUCCACAAGCAGCGGAAGCCUGACCGACGGAAACGUUCCAGGCCUUAUAAAGCUAAACGUCAGUAGUCUCAACAUUUGGACAGGACUCGGUGUGCUCUACUUGCCUCUUUGAUAAUGUGGUGCAUAUUUCAUGUACUUCUCCACCAACUGGACAGUGCUCAGGAGAGGGAUUUGCACUGAAAUUGUCUGCAAAUGAUCAGUAUUAGUGUGACUAAUUCUACCUAUAUUCUACUGGAUUUUAGACAUUGCUCCAGUGGUUGUUUACCAUUGGGGCAUUCAGAGAUAAGUUUUCCCUCCAGAGGGGAUGUGAGAAGCAUAAGGAAUAGGACCACUUGAGUGAUUGACUGACACUGAACUUGAAUUUGUUACUUGGCAUCCUAAACGAAUAUGCAGUGCAUCUUGCAGUAAUAAGUGGCAGUCUUCAGAGAUUUUACAUGAAUAUUGCUUAAAAAGAAGUAAGUCAAAUCUUUGCAGUCCUCUAGAAGUGCGUUACAGUUAGGUUGAUGCAUUAUUUAGUUCAGAGAGAGUCAGAAUUAGCUAGAUUCUGAUUUUUGCUUUGUUUUCCAGGGGAACAAAUGUCUAUGUUAUGUCUUUGUGUGUGUGUGUGUGUGUGUGUGUGUGUGUGUCCUGAAUCAGACUGUCAUCACUAUAACAGAUUUCAGGUAGCUAGUGACCCUCAUUCUCUUGAACUGUACAUCAGGCUCCCUCACAAGUGGUCUUCAGGUCCUGCUAAUUUUUCUCUUGGUGGGUUUUUUCCCCAGCUGAUCCUGAAGCAGAGAGGGGAAUUUUCCUUAUGGGUUUUAUAUGUCCAGAGUAAAAUCUUUUGGUGUGAGGGUACUUUUGUUCAUAGGUUACAGCAUGAAGGCUUUGCAGUCUGGAAGCUGCUUUCUUUUCUUUUGUAUGUAUGGAAGCUAUGUACACAUCAUGAUUCAAACUGUGAAAUUAAUUUUUUAGAUUUUCUUUGGCAAUUGCUUUUUACUGAAAUUCUGCUGUUUAAAACCGUUUUUAGGAAUUUAAACUAUGCGUAGAGAAACAAAAUGGCUGGUAAUACAAAUUGCCAAAUGAAAAUACCAGAAGAUACCCUUCCUGACCUUUAUUGUAGGGAACUGUUCAGACCAGCAUUUUUGAGAGAGAGCAGGAUAAGGUGCUUCAGUAGAAAAUGAAUCAUCACUGGGUUUGUUCCUGCUUACACUUCAAGGAAAAAAUGGAAAGAUUCUAUAGGAAAGCAAUUCCUGUACUUCAUGUAAACUUACAGACAAACAAUGGAAUAGUGACUUUUGUACCUGUCUGUGGUGUAAGGAUAGGGGAAAUGUAGAGCAGAGAUGGCUGGAGCCAGUGUGUCAUGGGUGGCAUGACAACUAGGGAUGGGUCUCUGUACUGUAGGAAUUUAGUCUAACGUAUUUGCUUGGAGCCUUUCCAGCUCACUUCAGAGCUUGCAGAGACAGGAACCUCCAUAGAUUGCAGGUCCCCUGACUAUGUGGCUGGUAAGAUAGGGCACAAAGUGAUACUUCUGCAUCAAGUAAGCAGCAUCCCCUUUCCAUUGAUUAUGGGUCAGACUAGAGCAUCUGGCUUAUUACUCCACAAGGGUAUAGAUAUUUGGCCAGCAGGGUCUGGAUGUCAUCAGCCCUUGUUUUCCAAAGCCGCCUCAGCAAUUUUAUAUCUACAUCAUGGUAAUCCUGUCAGUCUGCCCCUCUCAUUCCAGUCCACUUGCAAUCUGUUGUCGCUGUGUAAUCAGUUGUCUACCUAGCCAGUCCUAAGACAAGUGUUGUUAGCUUCUCCUUAUUCACAUGGCUCUAUCUCUGUCCUGUGAGAACAGUGCUUUGUCAAUACAGCAGAUUUAUAAAUGUUUUAAGCUUUUGGCAGAAUGAUAGCAAAUUUGCGUUAAAUUAUGCUAGCUGAUGGCUAGAGGAAUCUUCCAAAUUGUUUUUGGAAGAACAAUUUAACUUGUCUCCUCCUGAAACUUCUAUUCCAUGAAUAUGUACAGUUGAGUCUCAUAGUAUAGUUAUUUUAAAAAAAUCAUCAUGAGAUUCAAAAGAAGAUCAAAGUGAAAAGGCAAUGGUCCCUGAGAAGAUGGUGAAAUAUAUUUGCUUUCUUUGCAAAUAUGUACAGUGCCUGACUGUAGAAUUACUAUUUUUUAUUUGUUGACAGAAUCACCUGUCCCUUGCGUUGUCAAGUGCUGUAAAUAUCAGUUCUGUUAAAAAUAAAGUAAAAUGUAUGUA